AUGCCGAGCUCUACGCGCUACAGUUCCCAAUCCCUCUCGGGCAGCCCGCCGCUCUCCGCGUAUUCUGUCUCGCAUGCAACGGCGCUUGGACCGCAGAAGCUCAACGUCGUUACGCGCGUUGCAAUCGAAGGACGCGCGGAGAGGGGGGCUAAUGGCGCGUCCAUCAAAAUGUACCUCAAGAUUUCAUUACCGCUAGACAGUGUUACGCCUGGAGCUACGAUACCACUAUUCCCUGAGGAGAAUCUCAAGAUUCUAGACUCCGCCGUCCACCCGCUGGACGCAAACUCGAACCCAUAUAACUUCCCAAAAGACUCCUCGCUCCUACACAAGGCGGCUCGCGCACUCAAUCUGCCGGCACGUUCCCCCUACUCUUAUGUCUCCUCGGCUGCCAGUACAUCUUCGUCUUCGAACGAUACUCCAGGCCUUGACGAGAAGUACACUGGGCAGAUACUAGUGAGCGCGUAUCAUGUGUCCUACAUAAUACCCAAGGAGUUUCCCCGUCGGGAGAGUGAUCCAAGAAGUAGGCGGCCGUCAACUUUCGCGCAGUUCAUGGCCGCCAUCGACAUCUGGGCACCGUACAUCUCGCAACCGCCCCAUGCGCCAUACCUUCUAUCGAUCCCCGUUCCCCGUUGCCUAUCAAAUCACAUCAGGCUGAAGAUAUUCCCUCCAAAUACGCCCAAACCGUCCUCUUCUCUUGCAUCUCUAUCUUCUGCCGACGAAGACGCAAGCUCUUGGGAUCUCACCUCUGAUCCUCACGUCACCCGCAGCGCGUCGGCGCGGUUGUCUCGCUCGCAUUCUUACAACAACUUUGCGGACGACGAAUCUAGUGACGCGUCUACUUCGGCCGGCUUCUCUGACGGACCGGGGAUACAAGGCUCAUUCCCUAGCUCUGAACGGAUACGGAUUCGGUGGGCGCGCCCUAUAAAGGCGAGUCAAUUACCCACUACCAGCGACGGCCGCAAGAGGGUCGGUAUCCGGGAGGUGAAGGGAGACAUGAGUUGCACGGUACUUGGGGCAAGUAAAGGCAAGGGGCGGGAUGCGUCAGAAGGCCUCGUAGUGCGCGUGCAGUACGAGGCUACGUGCAAAGGGGUGUGGUUUCCUGGCGUCGCGACCCUACUGGGUCUAGAUGUUGCAUUGGAGGCUGGUGACUGCGACGUCACUUGGGUACCUAGCUCGGAAGCCAAGUGGUCCAUUAACGGAGGUGUCGCAUUCACGGGUUACGCCAUGGGUCCACCUCCGCUGUUGGCACCUUCGCGACAGCAGUCAGAGGAAAACCCGUCCAUCUACGUGCUUCCAUCUUCACCUGAUGCUCGAGGAGCCGUAAACGGUGGACUACCCCCAGUACGCCACGACUCGUCGUCCUCGACCUCUUCGCUACUCCGGGCACCCUUACCGAAUCAGCAUGUUCCUGACUAUUCCUUUGAGAGCUCACCUGCGUCAACUCCCAUCUCUUCCCUCGCGUCCCUUCCACCGCUCUCGAGUCCGGAGCGCGAUCGGAGGAGUAGAGCUAGCUCGAUGAAUGGUCGCUACACUGACUUGGAGACGAUCGACUUCGAUGAGGACGAAGUAGAGGCGCGCCCGCCGAAGGUCCCUAUCACGAUCCAUCUGAACAUGAACGACCUGCAGCCGCCCUCAAAACACGACUUCAAGUUCUACAUCUCGGGCACAGUACUGGUCAAGCCUCGCCAACCUGUGCUCACCCUUGGACAUAGACGAUACACCUCCUCGCCCAACACGUCUCAGCCCGCUUCCGACAAUGAGGCCGAGUCUGACGUGCUCGUUGUCCCACGCUUCCGAGUGCUCCAUGCCGAUCGGGAAUACAUCUCUUGUACCAUCCGUAACGACGCAAACGACUCCACUCUGGACGUCUACAAUUCCACGGGUGAUAUCCGAGACGCACAGACCCGCAAGACUGUGCUUCAGCGGGGAGGCCAAAUCAAAUGUGGCAUAGACGGCGCGCGUAUCGCACUCCGCCCCAUAAGUCGGUCGAUAUCUCCGCCUCAUCGAGGCAGGGAGGACAGCUUGGACGCCUUGAGGCCGUCGAGGGUGUCCCGCAGUCGUGCCCGCACCCCUAACGGGGUCUCAGGACGUUCGCAUCGCGACUUGUCCCCAUCCAUGCUACGGCAAUCCUUGUUUACGUCGACGCUGCGCACACCUGUUCGUCGAGAUGGGCCUUUGAUGAUCCCCUAUGUCACAACGACUAUCACUCCUCUGUUUAGCGCCAGCUCACCGUCUCCGCCGAGAUAUGCGGUACGAGUAAAUAUGCCCGCUCCCACGGACGAGGAGUUGGAGUGGCUCGAGUUCGGGCUCGCAUUGCCUCGGCCCGAGGGGAGCGCGCCUGGCGAUCCACCUAACGUCGAGAUUGCUAGCGCGAGCAUUGAGGGCGUCCCUGUGCGCGUCUCGAGGAGGGCGGUCGUCAAGCCCGAGGGGAACGGCAACGCCGUGCCGUUUGGAGAGGCGAGCGCGAAGGAGUGGAUUACGUGGGUGAAGGUUCAUGUCGGAGAUGCUGGCGGCAGGACGGUCGACAUAGUCUAUCUCGUCGACGGCGGAGAGGCUGUUGCCGGCGAGAAGCCGCAAAGCAAGAUUCAGCCGACGAGUCCAGAGCCAGUCAUUCUCAACGCUAUGCUCCCGAGUUUUUCCCUGCCCGUGGGUGAACUUGACGUCAAUGUCCCAGCGCAGAAAGGUUUCAACGUCACGUCAUGCGAAACGAACCUCAGCCAUGAGCAACUGACAGAACAGGGACGCAAGCUCUCUCACUACUCCAUGGGGGAAUAUUUUUAUCCGAAACUUGUUCUCACAUUCCUACCUUCUACGCCCGAGGUCGCUCAAGUGCAGCACAGCCAGUCGUGGUGGAGCUGGACUCAGCUUUUAACAGUGCUGCUUGCUGUCGUCACCGCCCUCCUUGCCAUCAACCUUCGACAGACGCAGUUACAGCUCUCCGAUGCCCUUCGAUCUGGGAGUAUACACGAUCAAGAUCACGCCGCCGGUUUCAAGGAAAUGCCCCACAUCCCCGACGCCGUCGAGACCAUCACAAUCACGGCGACCACGACCGUUGUUGCGUCCCCAUCGAAGGAGAGUCCUACGCGGUGGUACUACCCGCAUGCAGGCUCGCCUCAGGAGUUGGAGAACGACGGUCAAACUCGCGUUGCUGAGGCGUCGUCUCUCCCAUCUAUGCCCUCAUCCGAUGCUCCAAUCCCCGCAACUCCGCAGAUCCCAACACUAACGCCGACGCCCGUGCCCUCGCCGUUAGACGAGGGUGCGCUCGUCCCGCUCCAUUACUUCCUCAACCCCCUCUCGAUCCGCCUUGAGCUGCCGAAGAUCGAUUUUUCUCAGUUCCAGCUGCCCGAUAGCGCGAACGCGACGCUGCACCAGGUGUUACAGUCGCUCGGCACAGUGUACCAACUCUUCAGAAAAGUAUUGCAUUAUCCGCUCGACCCGCCAUGA